AUGAGCAUUGGAGAAGAAGAAGGGAGAAGAAGGGAGAAGAAGGGAGAAGAAGGGAGAAGAAGGGAGAAGAAGGGAGAAGAAGGGAGAAGAAGGGAGAAGAAGGGAGAAGAAGGGAGAAGAAGGGAGAAGAAGGGAGAAGAAGGGAGAAGAAGGGAGAAGAAGGGAGAAGAAAGGAGAAGAAGGGAGAAGAAGGGAGAAGAAGAAGAAGAAGAAGAAGGGAUCGUAUUGAGAGGGUCGUGUCCCGUCCCCAGACCUGACCUUGCGCCGAAGCUAAAAUUGAUGUUCCGCAUAUUUUCUGCUCUACUUGUCCUCUCAGGAUGUGCGCUGUCAAUGCCACCUCCAGCCGGGCUCAACUUAAAACCAGCAAAGGCACUCGGUGAAGAGCAACCAAAGGCCUUUUUGAGUAUUGCUCCCGCAGAAGUAUCCAGGGAACCGCCCAACCUACGACUGAGAUCAAGAAUGAUGGCAGCGUUAAAUUCCGUUAAUGAAACAGGUAAGAAGGAUCUGGUACCUCUCGGCUCUCAAACUCUUAUUCUCACCAAGAAUAGGAAGUACAAAAAGCCAUUAUCCAACAGAUCGUUCUUUGGUGUUGUCACGGAGGAACCGAUUACAGCUAGACCAAUCGCACGACCUUCUCCAAAGACUUUGCCAUCAUCGGCGAAUUAUGGAGUGAAUCCCGUGUUGCAAACGAAUUUUGUCGACGCCCAAGGACGUAUCCUAAAAAAUGUCGUUUCGAUUCCUAUUCGUGUAGGAGAUGCGCAGAUAAAACAAGUCAGAGGAAUCAUCGACGGCAUCAGCUCACGUGGCAGGGGUCAACUUUUAACGCCUGAAGAGCAGCGCAAGCGGAAGAUGAGGACUCUUAAAAUUCAGCUCGACUACGUUCUGGCGAGGAAUAUUCCUCAGCCAGAUAUCCGAAAACCUAGAGCUGUUUGGGACGUCGCGUUCGACUCUGACCACCGUUCAGUUCUUCUCAGUUUUAAGAUACGGUUCCACAAGAGAAACCGAGGAGUUCUUCUCCAACCGAAAAUCGACAUGGUAGGUCUGAAAGACGAUGAAUGCAGAAGAAAAUUCCGCCAACGUGUGUCUAUUCAUGUUGGAGUACGGACUAGGAAGAAGCUUAGCGAUGCGGAUUCCUCCACAAAGAGCAUCCAGGACGCUGCAAGGGAAACGCUCCCGGUUCCACUGCCGCGGAAGAAGUUUGCCUUUGCAUCUGCGAAAACAAAAUCCGCAUACAAUUCUGUAUGUGUCGCGCGCAGCGCUGGUGACUUCAACCAGGGAAAGCGUCUUAGAAGGAAGCUGCGUCGUCAACUGCAACAAGACCGCGAUAACGAGUGGACGUCAAGAGCGAUGGAGUUUGAGAAGGCGUGGGAGGACAAGAAUCCGCGGAAAGCCUACACUCUACUAAAACAGUAUAGCGGCAAAAUGAAAAGAUGUUCCCAUGUCCUCAACACUGCCAACGGGAUCUUGCUGAACCGGCUAGCACCGUCAGCUCCUGAACUCGAACGCGUUCAUAGACCGACAUAUGCGGUUAACGAGGAGGCACCGACCGAGACGGAGGUCCUGGUCCGUAUUCAGAAAAUGAAGAAUGGAAAAUCUGGUGGAGACGACGGGAUUAGCGCAGAAAUGCUAAAAUAUCUUCCUCCAUCUGGGAUCCGUGAGAUGACAAAGAUCAUCCGUUCAAUAUGGAUAAACGAAAGGAUACCUGAUUCGUGGAGACACGCUAUCAUAAUUCCCCUCCACAAGGAGUUAUCCGUCACGGACCCAAGGAAUUAUCGAGGAAUCUCUUUGCUGCGUGUUAUGUACAAGGUACUGGAGCGCAUUAUCCUGGACCGACUCAUCAAACAUCGCGAAGAAACAAUGCGCGACGAGCAAGCUGGCUUUCGUCCUGGCCGAUCUACGAUUGACCAGGUGUUCAUCGUCAUGAGAGUGAUCGAAAUCUGGCAGCGGUAUUCGAAGCCAAUGCAACUAGCGUUUCUGGACUUUGAAGCCGCGUUCGACUCUCCUCACCGAGGCCGUCUUCUAAACGCGCUUCGCGCCGAUGGAGUACCAGGAAAGUUCGUUCGCUUGCUUGAUGACAUGAAUCAACGAACAACUGCUGCAGUUCGAACACCAGCCGGAUGUACAACACCGUUUGAAGUGGUAACUGGAGUAAGACAAGGGGCGGUGGCAGGACCCUUCCUGUUCAAUUUCGCCAUCGACGACAUUAUGCGAAGAACAGUCGACCAGUGUCCUGCCGACAUUGUCUUAGCACCAUCAGGGUGCCCCUUGACUGACCUCGAGUACGCCGACGAUGUUGUUAUAUUCGCGGAAAGCAGUACGAAACUUCAACAUGUUGUCAACCUUGUAUCGAAGCUGGCUGCAGCCUAUGGACUACACCUACGUCCUGAUAAAUGCAAGCAGAUGUGGAUCUCUUCGAGACCACGAACGGGAAUCAGGGUGGACGGACAACCGAUAGAACUCAUCGAUGAGUUCUGUUACCUAGGCUGUACGCUGAAGAACAAUGGCAGCUACGAGAGAGAUGUUCAGCAAGGAUGCGCUAAGGCCAAUUCUGCAUUUAACUCCUAA